CUACGCUUUUGUUAUAGUAGCAUUAGUGUGCUGGCGGGAUGUUUGUGAUCUGAAUGGAUACACUUACAGAUUCGUGUUUUCUGGGCUUUGAUUUCAGCACGCAACAGCUGAAAGUUGUUGCUGUUAAUGGAAACCUUGAAGUUAUUCACCAGAACAGUGUUCAGUUUGACAGCGAGCUCCCGGAGUUCAGGACACAUGGAGGAGUUCAUAUACAUGAUGACAAGCUCACGGUUACAUCACCAGUUCUCAUGUGGGUGAAGGCGCUGGACGUCCUCCUGGAGAAAAUGAAGAAUGGUGGUUUGGACUUCUCUCGUGUGAAAGCUCUCUCGGGCAGUGGACAGCAACAUGGCAGUGUUUACUGGAGGAAGGGCGCGAGACAAACUUUGAAUCAACUCGACCCACAGCAACAUUUACAUGCGCUUUUACAGGACGGUUUUGCCGUUCAGGACAGUCCGGUCUGGAUGGACUCCAGUUCAACAGAACAGUGUCAUAUCCUGGAGGCUGCAGUAGGGGGCGCUCAGUGUCUUGCUGACAUCACUGGCUCUCGAGCGUAUGAGCGUUUCACUGGAAAUCAGAUUGCCAAGAUUUAUCAGUCCAAGCCGAAUGAAUUCACUGAGACGGAGAGAAUAUCGCUGGUCAGCAGUUUCGCUUCAUCUUUGUUCCUGGGCGACUACGCAUCAAUCGACUUCAGCGACGGUUCAGGCAUGAAUUUAAUGGACAUUUUUAAGAAGCAAUGGUCGAAGUCUUGUCUGAACGCCGCAGCGCCACAGCUGGCCGAAAGACUUGGUGACCUCAAACCGUCUACGGCGGUUCUGGGUUGUGUAUCUUCAUAUUUCAUUGAACGUUAUGGAUUUUCAAAGAGCUGUAAAGUGGUGGCCUUCACUGGAGAUAACCCUGGUUCUCUGGCGGGCAUGAGACUGCAAGAAGGAGAUAUAGCCGUCAGUUUGGGCACCAGUGACACAGUUUUCUUGUGGAUCAAGGAUCCAAAACCCACCCUAGAAGGUCACAUCUUCUGUAACCCUGUGGACUGCAGCGCAUACAUGGCUUUAAUAUGCUUUAAGAAUGGGUCUUUCACGCGAGAGAGGAUCCGUAAUGAAUGUGCCGGUGGAUCAUGGGACAGUUUCUCCAGGGUUCUGAGGUCCACACCGAUGGGCAACAAUGGGAAUAUCGGAAUCUAUUUUGACGUGAUGGAGAUUUCGCCCCCCGCUCUUGGCGUUCACAGAUUUGAUCAUGAUGGUCAAAGGGUUGCUGCGUUUGCUCGGGAGGUGGAAAUCCGAGCUCUGGUUGAAGGACAGUUCUUGGCCAAACGAGUUCAUGCUGAGAAGCUCGGCUACAAGAUCAUUCCAGGAACAAAAGUGCUGGCGACAGGUGGAGCGUCAUCAAACAAAGACAUUUUGCAGGUCCUGUCUGAUGUGUUCAAUGCGCCGGUUUACACCAUUGAUGUGGCGAACUCUGCGUGUUUGGGAUGCGCUUAUAGAGCUUUGCAUGGUCUCGUGGCUGAAACAGGAGUUUUAUUCGCUGAGACGGUCAGAAACGCUGCAGAUCCUCAGCUGGCUGUGAGACCAACACCAGGAGCAGAAGAGGUUUAUGAGCCGCUGUUGAGCAGAUACGCAGAGCUGGAGGCCACAAUCCUCAAGGACCAACCGAAAUGACUCGAUCCACACAUAUGACACAUCAAGCAUGCAUCUGUGUAAACAGACAUGAAUAAUAGCUGUUUUUAUUAUUGCAUAACAUUUAAUGGAUAGUUAACCCAAAUAUGAAAAGAUGACCCUCAUGUCAUUCCAAACUUGUAUAACUUUCUUUCUUAAAAAGAAAAUUGCCAAUUGCCAAUCAUAUGGCGAGUUUGUAUUGAAUAGACGGACCAGAAAAUGUAUUUUAAGUUUUCCUGUUAUGUUAUGCAAAAGAA